CCGGGGCUGAAGGGAGAGCCUGUCCGAGGAGAGAAGACGGCGGCGGCGACAGCGGCGGGCAGUGGCGCAUUUCUGAGACACUGAGGAACAAUGUAUGCACUGAAGAGAGAGCUCUGGUGUGUGCUCCUGCUGUGUGGGGCCAUCUGCACCUCGCCCAGCCAGGAAACCCACAGGCGACUCAGAAGAGGAGUCAGAUCGUACAGAGUGACCUGCAGAGAUGAGAAAACACAGAUGAUAUACCAGCAACACCAGUCGUGGCUGCGGCCCCUGCUCAGGGGCAACCGGGUGGAACACUGCUGGUGCAACGAUGGCCAGACCCAGUGCCACUCUGUGCCUGUCAAAAGUUGCAGCGAACCCCGGUGCUUCAAUGGGGGGACAUGUCUGCAGGCUGUCUAUUUCUCAGACUUCGUCUGCCAGUGCCCUGUGGGGUUCAUCGGGAGACAGUGUGAAAUAGAUGCCAGAGCCACCUGCUACGAGGACCAGGGUAUCACCUACAGGGGCACGUGGAGCACAACAGAGAGUGGGGCCGAGUGUGUCAACUGGAACACCAGUGGCCUGGCCAGCAUGCCCUACAAUGGGCGGAGGCCUGACGCUGUCAAGCUGGGCCUGGGAAACCACAACUACUGCAGAAACCCAGACAAAGACUCGAAGCCCUGGUGCUACAUUUUCAAGGCAGAGAAGUAUAGCCCCGAUUUCUGCAGCACACCCGCCUGCACCAAGGAAAAAGAGGAAUGCUACACUGGGAAAGGGUUGGACUACCGCGGCACCCGCAGCCUCACCAUGUCUGGAGCCUUCUGCCUCCCAUGGAAUUCCUUGGUCCUGAUGGGCAAAAUUUACACAGCCUGGAACAGCAACGCACAGACUCUGGGCCUGGGCAAGCACAACUACUGCAGGAAUCCAGAUGGGGACACCCAGCCUUGGUGCCACGUGCUGAAGGACCAUAAGCUGACCUGGGAGUACUGUGACCUGCCUCAGUGCGUCACCUGCGGCCUGAGACAGUACAAGGAGCCCCAGUUCCGCAUCAAAGGAGGCCUCUAUGCUGACAUCACCUCGCACCCAUGGCAGGCUGCCAUCUUCGUCAAGAACCGGAGGUCCCCAGGAGAGAGGUUUCUGUGUGGGGGGAUCCUGAUCAGCUCCUGCUGGGUGCUGUCAGCUGCUCACUGCUUCGAGAGGUUCCCUCCCCACCACGUCAGGGUGGUCUUGGGCAGAACGUAUAGGCUGGUCCCUGGAGAGGAGGAGCAGGCGUUUGAAGUGGAAAAAUACAUCGUCCACAAGGAAUUUAAUGACGACACUUACGACAAUGACAUUGCUCUGCUGCAGCUGAAAUCAGACUCGCUGACCUGCGCCCAGGAAAGUGAUGCGGUCCGAACCGUCUGCCUCCCGGAGGCCCUGCAGCUGCCCGAUUGGACGGAGUGCGAGCUGUCCGGCUACGGCAAGCAUGAAGCCUCUUCUCCUUUCUAUUCUGAGCGGCUGAAGGAGGCUCAUGUCCGGCUGUACCCAUCCAGCCGCUGCACUUCAAAACAUUUGUUUAAUAAAACCAUCACCAACAAUAUGCUGUGUGCCGGGGACACACGAAGUGGUGGGGACAAUGCAAACCUGCACGACGCCUGCCAGGGGGACUCGGGCGGCCCCCUGGUGUGUAUGAAGGGCAACCACAUGACCUUGGUUGGCGUCAUCAGCUGGGGCCUGGGCUGCGGGCAGAAGGACGUUCCGGGUGUGUACACCAAGGUCACAAAUUACCUGAACUGGAUUCGAGACAACACGAGACCGUGACCGAGAACCUCACGGAGACGCUACUUCCUCCACCUUGGAGACGAUGCGCCGAGGCGGGUGCUUCUUCCCGCCGCCCAGGCAGGGGGAAGGUGUUAUCUUCGCAGGUACUUCCCAUCUGAGAAGUUUUCAGGACUUAAGGUCUGAAAUGGACUCUGUCAGUCGGGGACAAUGGAUGAAUGCCACCUGAACACCACCACCCAGCACAGAAGCCCACCUCCUGCUCUGUCAAUGCCAGAAGCAUUGGAAACGGGACCACAAAGAUAAAAGUGUGUCUCAAGAGUCAAAGAGAACUUGAUCCUUCAGGGAAGAAGGGUUGCAUUAGAAAUAGAAUGUCUAUUUAUAGUCACAGGAAGCUGGGGGCUCUUAGGGAGGGAGGGGCUGGCUGGCCAGAUCAGACUCCUCAAAUCCAGCCUUUAAAUCAAGUGUCUGGCUUUCCUUUGCUCCAGCUCUUGGAAGGAAAUCCUGUCGUGCACAGUGUAAUUCUUUUUUCUUUAUAAACAUCAUAAUAGAAGAGGAGACACAUGUCAUUUGAAUAACUGAGAAACUAGGCUUCAGCUUAUUUAUAUCAAUCCAGUCUCGUGUUUAUUUACUAUGUUGCCACAACCCUGAAUGAUAUCUUACUGGAAUAAUAAAGUCUGAUAUAUUUUUCACAUA